AAUCACAUUUCAUCGUAGUUUCAAAGCUAAAGCCCCCCAAAUUGUUUUUUUAUCUCAUGGUAUCCAAAAACCCGAACCCAUCUGAAGGAUUCUACUUGGAUCCGAAUGGAAUGGCGUUACCUGGACUCAGACCUUUUGCCACAGCCGCGACAACAGCUGCCGCUCCAUCUACGGUGUCUUCGUCAGAGGAUCCGUCAAAGAAGAUCCGAAAACCCUACACUAUUACCAAGUCUAGAGAAAGCUGGACCGAACCCGAGCACGACAAGUUCCUUGAAGCGCUUCAACUCUUUGACCGUGACUGGAAAAAAAUUGAAGCAUUUGUUGGGUCAAAGACAGUCAUUCAGAUUCGCAGUCAUGCACAGAAGUACUUUCUAAAGGUUCAGAAGAAUGGAACAGCUGAACAUCUACCUCCUCCCAGACCUAAAAGGAAAGCUGCUCAUCCUUAUCCUCAAAAAGCCUCAAAAAAUGCUCCAGUGCAAUCACAAGUCUCGGGUUCCUUUCAACCAUCUUCUGGUCAACUUGAACCUGGACAUUUUCUAAGUCCUGAUACCUCUUCAAUGCAUAUGAUUCCAAUGGCUAGUGCUGCUGCAUCUUCCUGGACAAACAAUGUCCAAACAGUUGGUUUAUCACAUGUGACAAAAGGGCCAGCAGUGGCAAAUAACCGAAGCAGUUCCACUGAGAGUACUCCAAAAACACGAGCCGGACGGGAAAUGACUGAUCAAGGAAAUCAUGGUCAUUUAAGAGUCCUGCCUGACUUUGUGCAAGUAUACAGUUUCAUUGGCAGUGUAUUUGAUCCAAAUGUUUCCGGUCAUUUGCAGAAACUUAAAAAGAUGGAUCCUAUAGAUGUUGAAACGGUGCUGUUGUUGAUGAGAAACCUCUCAAUAAAUUUGACUAGCCCCGAUUUUGAGGAUCAUAGAAAGCUGCUUUCAUCCUAUGAAAUCGAGACAGAGGCGGCCAACUAUGGUGGUGCAAAUAAUGUCCUUAUUAAUGAUCAACAGUGCAAAAAUGUUGCGUAGUUUCGGAGAACUGAGUAUCCAAUAACUUCAACAGCCAACCUAGUAUCAAAGAAAAGAUACACUGGUUGUCACUGGUGUCUCCAGUUGGAUAGACAUUUGGCUGCACUGUCUGACAAUACACUCACCCACCGUGUCAGGUUCAUGUAUA